AGAAAAUAAAAGAGAAGAAAUUAUUCCGGAUUCCGCUGCCAAUAUUCCGAGUGCUUUCUUCUCCUUCCACCCACUUAACUGUUUAAGUUGGAAAAUUUUUGAGCUGUCCCUUUUACACUGCUGCGUUUUGGUCAAUAACUCAAACACCAAACCGUUUUGGUUUUUAGUUGGUAAGUGUGUGUCUUUGUUUUUUGUUUGACAUUUUCGUUUCAAAUGGGAUGUGGGUUUCACACUCUAACCACUGCAAACUGAAGAAAAAAGAGCUGUUACCAGGUGUUCUUGCUUCUAUUAUUUUCAUUCAUGGGGAAGAUCACCACUUCUGCGGUACAGCCUGUGUCUCAAGAAGCUUCAACUGAUGAUGAGAUUUUUAUGCAGCAGAGCUUGAUCUUUGAUGAUAGUCUCAAGGAUUUGAAAAAUCUCAGAUCACAGUUAUACUCAGCUGCCGAGUAUUUUGAACUUUCAUACACCAAUGAUGACCAAAAACAAAUAGUGGUAGAGACAUUAAAGGAUUAUGCGAUUAAAGCUCUUGUGAAUACUGUGGAUCAUUUAGGUUCUGUGACAUAUAAAGUGAAUGACUUGUUGGAAGAGAAGGUUGUUGAAGUUUCCGGAGCAGAGCUACGUGUAUCUUGUAUUGAGCAGAGAAUGAGGACGUGCCAAGAUUAUAUGGAUCACGAGGGGCGUACCCAACAGUCGUUGGUGAUCAGUACUCCAAAAUAUCACAAGCGUUAUAUUCUACCAGCUGGGGAGACCAUGCAUGGCGCGAACCAGACAAAAUCGUCCUAUGUUGGGUGCAACCUAGACGACGAAGAUGACUGGCUUCACUUCAAGAGUGCUGUUCGAGCUACAAUUAGAGAAACACCAACAUCUACAGCAAGUAGAGGGCGUUCACCAUCACCUUCUGUCCAAACUCAGAGACCUGGAGGUUUUUCAUUCACCUCAACCAUGCCAAGAAAAGUUUUAGAUAAGCGUUCUGUUUCACCGCAUAGAUUCCCACUUUUACGCACCGGGUCACGGUCAAGUAGGCCUACAACACCAAAGAGCAGUAGACCAACUACUCCAAACCCUGCUAGACCAACCACACCAAAUCCUUCCAAUGCAAGACAAAGGUACCCAUCCGAGCCACGGAAAUCAGCUUCAAUGCGAUUGCCAGCCGAAAGAGACAAUGGCAAAGAAGUUGAACAAUACCCCAGUAAAGAUGUCAUGAAAGCUUGGAAACAAGUCAAUUUUGCAUUAUAG